AUGGGGUCGACACAGUUUGGCAACUUCCAAAACUUUUGCCGCGAUUCGACACUACCUAUAUGUAACAUACUCAUUCCGCGAGGUGAAGCGAAUCAACCGCCUGGCCAAGCCUAUCUCGGCAUCGACGCUUGUGUCUUACAAGGCAUCGGCCUUGGUGGAAACAGGAACCUAGCCAACCUCGGGGCCAUUCUCGUCGAUGGUCUUGCAAUCCUCACAACGUUGUUCCUGCUAUGGAGAUCAGAACGGAAAAGAGCAGCGGUCGGAAGAAGAGAGAUGCAGCUAUUCCUGCUUGGCUUCUUGAUAAUAUCAAUCUGCGACAUCUUCACGGUUGGUGGCUUCCCACUCAACGACAACGUCCGCCGUGGUUUCACUGCGGCACAUCUAGCAGCGAUUGCUGCGACAUUCUGGAUUCUGAUGUGCAACGGUCUGGUGGGCUACCAGUUGAUCGAUGACGGGACGCCACUCUCAAUCCUGCUAGUCCUGGGAAGCGCAGCCGCAGUCUUUGUCGGUACAGGAUAUGUCGCUCUGGACACAGGAUUCAAUUUUACAGGCUACUUUGCAGACGAAUCAUACGGUCCCACGCACAGGAACAUCGCCCUGUAUGUGCUGUAUCAGCUUCUACCCCUGAUAUGCAUCUUCAUCUUUUUUAUACUUGAGGCUAUCCUCGUGCUGCGAGUGCUUCAAGAAAAACGACCGAUGAUUUGGUUAUUCGGAGCAGGACUACUGUUUGGCAUAGGACAGGUCUUCCAGUAUGUCAUUUCGAUACAUAUCUGCAGGCCACUGGAUGGGAAAAUUGACGGAAACUUCUUCCAAGCACUGUUCAACCUGUUAUCGGUAGUCAUGAUCUGGAUAUUCUGGUCGUCGAUCACCGAAGACGACUGGCCAGUGGCUUAG